AUGAGCGCAACCACUGAGGCAUCCAACGCGGCGGUAACGGCCAUCGCGGAGUUCAUGGCGGCGCUGAACGCUCGGGACGACGCGGCGCUCUACGAUCUGCUGCACCUGCCGCAUGUGCGCAUUUCCGGCGAAGGCGUGGCCAUCUGGCACGACCGGGCCGAGUUGGAGGAAACCUAUCUCCGCGACUUCUACGCCCGGGCGGGGCCGGACUGGCAUCACACCACGCUGGACUCCACCGAGGUGAUCCACAGCUCUGAGCACAAGGUCCACGUGCUGAUCCAGUUCACCCGGUGGGACGAAUCGGAUACGGCCAUCGCCACUUACCGCUCGCUAUGGAUCAUGACCCGCGCUAACGGUCGUUGGGGCGCGCAGGCGCGGUCGAGUUUUGCGCCGUGA